AUGCUAUCAUCCCUACUGCGGUCUUUACCACAACUCGGACGGAGAUGGAAGCCACUGGACUUCUCCAACCCCAACUUCGUUCGAAUACCGGAAUACCACAAGAUCGACGAGGAAACCCUCCCCGACUACGUCGUAGGGAAAUUGGGCUUCGGAUCUACUUCAACUGCGUGGCUUGCCCGGGAUAUGGACCAUCGUCGCUACGUCACGCUCAAAGUCUUCCUCCAGUCUUCCAGCAUGGGCCAGCAAAUGGACCACGAGUUGAACAUGUACCGACGCAUGGAGCAGUUCCCCACGAGGCAUCCCGGCCGUGACGCUAUUCGAAAAUUACUCGAUACGUUUUAUAUCAACGGACCUGAUGAUUCGCACCGGUGUCUCGUCCAUCGCCCACUAUGGGAGAGUGUGCUGGCCUUCCUGCGCCGCAACCCCGUCGAGCGGCUGCCUUCAGCGGUGAUAGUUUAUGUUCUGCAGCGGUUAUUCCUAACGCUCGAUUACCUGCACACGGAUUGUCAAAUCACGCAUACUGACAUCAAAGCCGACAACAUCAUGCUCGGAAUCAACGACGACUCAGUCUUCCACGACUUCGAAACCAAAGAGCUCGAACACCCCGUCCCGAGAAAAGAAGUAGAAAAUGGAAGAACAAUCUACAUGUCCCGGGAUAUCCGAAUGCCUAAGAACAUCGGUGCCCCGGUACUAUGCGACUUUGGGUCGGCAGUUGUCGGCACCUCGCAUUCGGAAUUCGUCCAGCCAAAUAUCUACCGCGCUCCGGAGGUGAUUCUUGGAGCGCCGUGGACACAUAGUAUUGAUAUAUGGAAUGUGGGAUGUAUGGUUUGGGAUAUUUACGAAGGCGGGUCCCUGUUCAGUGGUCGGGAUCCUGAGUUUCAGAGAUAUCGCAGUCGAGCGCAUCUGGCGGAGAUGAUUAAUCUGCUGGGACCUCCGCCGGCGGGGGUUCUUGCGCAAGGGGGGCGGAGAGAUGAGUUCUUUGAGGAGGGUGUAUUUCGAGCGAAAGAUCUAUUAACAGAUCGAGUUCCGCUGGAGGAACGAGAAACCACAUUGCAGGGCGAGGAGGAAAGAGAGGCGUUUCUGCGGCUGAUGCGAAAGAUGCUGCAGUGGGAGCCUGGCAAGCGAGGCUCUGCUAAGGAGCUGGCAGAGGACGAGUGGAUAUUACGCGAUCGUUCAUAAUCCGACCGUAU